UCUACAUUCUGCUCCCACGUUCUGCUCUCUCGUUCUUUCUUCUCCUUUUCUGCUCCUACAUUCUGCUCCUACGUUCUGCUCCCACGUUCUGCUCCCACGUUCUGCUCCCACGUUCUGCUCCCACGUUCUACAUUCUGCUCCCACGUUCUGCUCUCACGUUCUUCUCCUUGUUCUGCUCCCACGUUCUGCUCCCACGUUCUGCCCGCCUCUCAUUGUUUCUCUUCAGGAAUCACUCAGGAGAAGAUCGAGGAGUCACGUGCCGCCACUGAGAGAAGAAUGAUGAGCGACAUUCAGCAUCUGGUGGAGUCGGGGGGGCCGAGGUGAACGCUCAGGAUGAGUCCGGCACCAGUUUGCUUCACAUCGCAGCAGCCAAUGGUUACCUGGACACUGCCGAGCUGCUCCUGGAUCAUAAAGCCGCGGUGAACGCCAGGGACUGCGAUGGGUGGGAACCGCUCCACGCCGCUGCCUGCUGGGGGACAGAUCCAGCUGGUGGAGCUGCUUGUCGCUCAAGGCGCCGACCUGAAUUCCAAGUCCUUGCUGGACGAGACGCCACUAGACGUGCGGAGAUGAAGACGUUCGGAACAAACUGAUGGAGCUGAAACACAAACAUGACGCCAUCAAGAAAUCCCAAGACAAGCACAAGAGCGCCCUCCAGAGGAGAACGUCGAGUGCGGGCAGCCGGGGGAAGGUGGUACGCAGGGUGAGCGUCACGGAACGCACCAAUCUGUACCGGCGGGAGGACACCAGAAGGAGGCCAUGGUGUGGCAGCAGAGGGGGGCCCGGGAGAGCGAGAUCGAACUUCAGGACGAAGAGGACGACAAAUCCACCAGCACAGAACCCAAGCAACCGCCCCGCAGAUGGAGUCGGACCCCCAGAGGCCGGGGGGGGGGGGAGGCAGAAGAUGGCGGUGUGGCGGCGGCAGAGACCCGGGUGAAUUCUGUUCCGGUGUCGCAGAGGAAUGGCAGCGUUCGCUCCGCCCCCAGACACACCUUCUCCAAGCGCCUGGACCGCAGCGUGUCUUACCAGUUGGCCACGCAGGCGGAGCUUUGCCAGGACCUGAGCCACGAACGCUCCCACCACACUCGCCGAGCUGAAACGGAGCGGGCGGCGGCCAAGCUACAGCGACAGGCUCCACCCCUGCCCAGCACCGAGAACCCCGCCCAAGCGCAAGACUCUACUGAGCUGGCUCCGCCCAAUCCCGUCUAUUACACUCCCUCCAGCGGAGAGCCGCCAUUGCUGAAACUCAUCGCUCCUGCGGAGGAAAGCACGCCGUCAGGGAAGAGACCUUGCUGUGGGGUCAUGUGA